AGAAGACCUGAAAUGAAGACUGACUGUAGUGGUCAGGAAUAGUGUCAGGGGGCGUCUUCCUCUAGUUUACCCUAAUUGUGAGAAUAAUACAACAAAGAUGGGCAGAAUGGCUCUUUGUGUACUGUCUGUGGUUGAAGCCUUUGACGUCCUCAGAGCUGCAGGUAACUCACAGGUGAGCGCCGUGACGUCAUCCAUGGCGGAAGUGGACAAAGGGGCGGCCUUGCGGUUUGGACUUUCUGCUCCAGUGUUGUUGAAGUGUUACUCGAAAAUUGCGGCCAUUGUUUUAUUAGGAGAAAAGCGUCUUUCCCAGCAGAGAGAUGUGCAGCUUCGAUAAGGACAAAGCCCCAAGGAGGCUGAUGCAAAAAGGGCUAGUGCUCAUCCUGGUCGGCCAUAUUAACUUCAUCCUCGGAGCUAUUGUCCAUGGCAGUGUCCUUCGUCACAUUUCCAAGCCCACCCAGCAUAUCUCCACCGAAUACACUGUUUCCAACAUCAUCUCUGUCACCUCCGGCCUCCUGAGCAUUGUCAGUGGGAUUAUUGCCAUUGUGGUAUCAAGGAACCUUCAUGAGCUCAAACUGCAAAUAGGACUUAUGAUUACCUCAUUCCUGAAUGCCUUGCUCUCAGCAGCAUGUUGCACUGGGCUCCUUUUGGCUAUCAGUAUCACUGUGGCCAACGAUGGGGAGAGUUUGAUGUUGGGAUGCAAUGACACUGAGGUUCCCAUCAAUGCUCGGUCACCUGUCAGUGCUCGGUGUCCGUUUGAUACCACACGGAUCUACGAUACCACCUUGGCUCUGUGGAUCCCCAGCGCUGUGCUGGCAGCAACUGAGGCUGGACUGUCAGUGUGGUGCUUCAUCGUUGGAUUGGCUCUCAGAGGGCUGCCACCCUGUGGGAAUAGCUACAUCAAAGAGCAGCUGGAGGAAGAGGCUGAGUGCUCUCCCCAAAGCCGACGCCUGAUGGGACGACGCUUCAAUCCUGAAGCGUAGCUGAACAAUGAGGAGUAAGGAUGACUAAACACAGCUGAAUCCCAAAAUGCAACACUGCCUCUGAAUACAGACUGAGAGAUUUUCCCCAACAGUGGGUUAGGUGAGUGUCACUGUCGUACUGCAGUACAGGAAUGGAGUCAGGUUAAGAAACUGACUCUUAAUGUUACAGUGAAUUCACAUACAGUGAAGCUGUGAGCUGAAUUCAGCAGGUUUAAAUUAAUCCAGGAUAUCAGUGCCUAAUGACACCCAGGAAUGGUGAAUUAAUCUACAGUGACACAUAUCUAAAAACUGAAAUGCUUUUUAGUCAGUGCAUUCGAGGUGCACAUACUUUUUUUUUUAAAUUCAGCGUGCAUAUAUGUGUAUGAACCCUCCUGACUCCUUUCAGUCUUACCAGUAUCCCUUCUUGACUGUGUGGAUUUAGUAAUACCAAAAAUUUUGUCUUUCCAUAUGAAGAAACCUUUAUUCUUGAAGAAAAUACACAAUAUAUCUAGCAAAAAUCUGUUUUAUUUUAGCUGAAUUAUGUACAUUUUAGAACUCUGAUUUCAGCGAGAUCUAUUUCAUUCUAACGUUUACUGUUUGCCCAAAUUCCAAGCCACUCCAUUACAUCUAGGAUGCAUGUAACAGACCAUGCAUAUACGUUUGAUGCCUAAAAAUUAAAUGCGUUGUGUUGCUUAUGCUUGUUGCUACAUUAUAAUAUGGAGUAAUAUCAUGUGAGUUCUUUGAUGCUAUGAUUUGCUGUAAAAUACCUAAAAUAGCAAGCUAUCUUAAUGCAGUUACAAUAUUUGGCUAAAAGCUCAUUUUGACAAGUUGAGCUUCUUGAAAAUGGUUUGUACUGAUAGAUAAUUAUAGUAAGUACAUUAAGUGGCAUGUUGUUUUAUGGUCAGUAGUUCACUCAGUGGCUGACUGUACUAGGCACAGCAUUAGAUUGUUGAACACACCACAGAUACAGUACUUGUGCUAUAUUUUAAAUACCUAUUGGAUAUGUUGACUUUAUAAAUUUAUUUACUAACUGCAUUAUUAUUUGUCAUCUUUGUGAUACAAUUUAUUGAAGACAUACUUUAAAGAGACAACUCCGAGCUUUUAAACUCCAAGGGAAUUAACUCAGAGACUAUUAAGAUGUUUUGUUAUUUUAAUCUUUUUUUAUUAUUGUUAUUUGCCUUUGGUCAGACAUUUGAAGUAAAAAACUGAGAUGGAAACUGAAGUUGGAAAUUAAAAUUUUUAUGUAUGUGAACACAAAAUUGCAGUAGGCCUCAUCAUUGUCAGCUCAUACAUUUCAGAUUGCUAAGAUACUAUGCCAUGUGAAUGUUAACAGCAUGUUUAGGGAAGAUACUCUGAGCUGCCUGAAUUAAAAAUAAUGUAGACUUGAAAGUGACGCCUUGGUUGAGUGUAUUUGUGCGUGCACAGUGCUGUGGGUUAAUGUUAAAGGAGGGUCAUAUUAGGGGGUUAAAGCAGUAUGUGGGCCAGCAGCCUCAGCUGCCACAGACCCCCAGCAACCCAACGACAGAGAGGAUCACAUCAGAUCAGCCAUGAAACAGUUAAUCUAGUGCCGUGCUCAAUCGUGUGGAAGGGAAUCAUAGCACACAGUACUAAUCCUGAGGCUGUAAGGGAUAAAUAUUGGCAUGGUGUUGACUGAUACAAUCACAACAAGACUGUAAUGCAUUGAUGUCACACUGGAGCAUCACCGUAUGUCAAUUUGAAAUCACAAGAUAUAAAAGUUGAAAAUAAAAGAUGUGUGUUAAACUAUUACAAA